AUGGUCAAGCGGCUCAAGGAUGAGGUUUUUCCCUCCUUGUGGAAGGCCUACUAUGCCCAGGGUUAUCCACCAGACGAGGCCAGUGCUGUUGAGACUUAUUUGGAAAAGGUGAAAGCCAGCUGCUGCUGCAGUGGCAGUACUGGCAAGAUUUCGUCCUCCUCGUCCUUGUUGGCGGAUGCUCUGCUUCGGCAUGAGAUCACAGGCUACGUGCACCAUUGGAAUUUAGGCCGCACUGCUGAGCUCCAGUGGAAGUCAAUGGUGGAGGACGUCUACUCAAAGCAGGGCAAGUUCAAAAACUGGUUGGCUGUAUGUGAUGUCCACCUCAAAUUCAUGGACGACGAGGACUCCUUGGAGGUCUCCAUUGCUUUGGGGCUCUUGCUGUCUGAACUGAGUGAAGAGCCAUGGAAAGGAAAGGUGAUCCAAUUCAGUUGUGAGCCUCAGCUACAUUCCAUACAAGGCGGCGACGAUCUUAGGUACAAGUACGAGUUUGUGAGGAGGAUGACCUGCGGUGUCGACCUUGAUUUUGAGAAGCUGUUUGAUUUGAUUCUCCAAGUGGCUGUGAAUGAGAACUUGAAGCCGGAUCAGAUGAUCAAGAAGGUGUUGGUGUUGAGUCACCGGGACUUUGAUAGUGCCAGUGCGGCCGAAACUUCUUGGGAGAUUGAUUACCAGGCAAUACAGGGCAAGUAUAAGGAGAAAGGGUACGGGGAUGUUGUGCCACACAUGGUGUUUUGGACUUUGUCAAAGUACAACCCGGAGAAGCCGGUGGCGCCUCGUACACAACCGGGGGUGUCCAUUCUCAAUGGCUUCUCUAACAAUCUGCUCAAGCACUUUCUCAACAAUGAAGGCGAAAUUGGCCCCGACUAUCUCAUGGAAUUAGCUAUCUCUGAUGAACGUUAUCAAGCUCUCACUGUAGUGGACUGA